CAAAAAUCCAUCACUUUCCUUCACACUAACACUAAACACAAAGUUAAUAAAACUCUACUCUUUACUCUCUCCCAACAUCCCCAAACCCUAUAUCAAAAUCCAGCCCUAUUCUCUCUCUAUUUCUGCAGCCAUGGACUCUCCAACAACUCACACCAGCAAUGGGGAAGAAGAUUGAUUCAAUUAGAAACAACCCACAUUCCCCGAUAUGGGAAAGGGGGAAGAAGAGCCCUUACCCUCUACCAUCGCUCAUUCACAAUCAACUCCUCGUAAUGCAGACAAUUGUUCCUGCUGUUGUAGGAUUGCUCAUAUAUUCCGGUUUCGAUGUGUGUUUAUUUUGAUCCUUGGACUUUCGGUCUUGCUCUCUGCUGUUUUCUGGUUGCCCCCGUUUUUUCGCCACGGAGAUAAGGGGGAUCUAGAUCUCGAUUCUCAUUAUAAAGGUCAUGACAUAGUAGCAAGUUUUAUGGUUGAGAAGCCAUUGUCUUUGCUGGAAGAUGAUUUUCCACAGCUUGGGGGUGAUAUAUUUGAUGAAAUAAGAGUUCCCACAACUAAGGUUGUAAUCAUAACUGCAGAAAGCUCGGGAUCAAAUACAACCAAGAUCAUUUUUGGUGUUGAUCCUGAUGAACACAAUUCAAAGAUUCCAUCAUACGCUAAAAGUGUAGUAAGAGAUUCAUUUGUAUCUAUUGUUCUUGGCCAAUCACCCCUGCGUUUGACCGAAUCUUUAUUCGGUCAACCAUCUUCUUUUGAGGUCCUGAAAUUUGUUGGAGGAAUUACAGUCACCCCUGACCAGAGUGCAUACCCAUUGCAAAAGGUCCAAAUACGGUUCAACUUCACAUUGAACUUUUCUAUUGAACAAAUAUUAGACCACUUUGAUGAACUCACAAUCCAGCUCAGAUCAGGCCUGCAUCUUGCUCAAUAUGAGAACUUGCAUGUUAGUUUGACGAAUCCACAAGGGUCAACAGUGGCUCCAUAUACAACUGUACAGUCAUCAGUGGUUCUAGCCAUUGGGACACCAUCCAUGGCCAGGUCAAAACAGUUGGCUCAGACCAUUAAGGGCUCACCAACUCAAAAUCUUGGACUCAAUAACACUCAAUUUGGGAAGGUCAAGCAAAUUAGCCUUUCCUCCAUCUCCCUUAAUGCUUCUUCUUCUUCUUCUUCUUCUUCUAGUGGUGCUGCUGGUGUUCCGGUACCUUCUCCUUCCCCCCUACCAAAUCCACCUCCUCAACCCCACCGCCAUCACCACCACCACCACCACCACCACCAUGAUAAGCCAUUCCCGCCUGCAAAACCACCUUCCCCUGCUUCCUUACCAGUACCACCGACCCCCGCCCCCACCCCUUCACCUCAUCCAAAGUCUUCAGCUUGUCGUCCUGGUUACCACAAGAAGAAGCAUCCUCCUCUCUUUCCUCCCGUCUCUCAGCCAGCUCCUCCACCGCAUAUUCCUCCUCCGCCACCGCCACCGCCACGAUCACCACCUCCACCACCACCUCUACCGCCACCACCACCACCUGUAACGGAAACAAUCCCUGCAUCAAGCCCACUGCCAAACGUAGUCUUUGCGCGAAGUCAUCCCCCCACUGAUACAUACCCUUCUGAUGCACCAUCACCAGGCCCAUAUUCGCAACCAUCUUCCGCAUGUGCAGGUGUUGAUUUGAGGGCAAUUACGACAUUUCUAGUUACUGUGACAUUACAUGUGUUGUUGCAAAAAUGAGAGGGGAGGGCAGGCAUGGAGGCAUUCUAUUCUAUAAUCAAACUUUUGGGCAGUUGACAUAAAAAACAAACAAACAAAAAUGUUUUUGUAUAAUUCCUUCCAACUGGAACUGGAGCUGUACGAGUGGAGGAGCAAUGCAAAAAGACGAGCGUGCCCUCACGGUUCCGAGUGGAUAUAUAAUUUGUGGUUGUUUUGUAAAUAUAAGUUGAAGAGAGGGCUGAUGGUCGAUGGUGUUUUCAGGUCAAAGUCAUGGAGGUGACGGGCCCUUGAUUACAUUUGUCAUUGGUCCCUGUUUUGUGUAUGAUUUUCUCUUCGCCAAGUUGGAAGGGAAAUUGAAACAAACAGAUGUACCACAUCACGUCACGUCACGUUUU